AAGCCCAAUACAAUAGUGGAUUUAGGGUUUUAUUAGGAAGAGAACUUGUAUUAGAGUUUUCAAGUGGGGGGAGGCGACAAGGUUGUUAAGAUCAAUGGCGAAGUACAAUGAGAUAGCGAAGAAGAAGAGAGAGGCGAAAGCGGAUAGGAAGCGAGCUAUCCACGGCGAUCCACUCACCAAUAAAUUGAAGACCAGAGCUCCCGUUGUCGCCGUCUCCGGUAAACGUCAGAAGAAACUCCUUCGCAAAUGGCGCAGAGAGCAGAAAGAGAUGGUGGAGAAGGGUCUUGUUAGUAUGGAGGAUGUAGAGAUGGCUUCUGCUGAUGCUGGAUCAGAAGACUCCAAGAAACCCACAAGAAAAUUUAGCGUGAAGAAGACAAUAAAGCUCAAUAAACUAAAGAAUAAAGGCAACAAGAAGAAAAGCCAGAAAGCUGGUGGCAAAGAAGUAUCUACUGAUCAGAUGCUGGAAUGAUCAGACUUGGAGUGUUUCAAUAGGAUUUCAUCUUGUUACCUUUUCGAAUCCUAUAGUUUUUCUACUGCUAAGUCUUUUUUUCUAAUUUGUUGUCGUUUACAAAGAUCUCAUUUUGUAUUAUGGCUCGGAUGCUGAUUCGAUUCUUCUGUCAAAGAAGUGUGCAUCAUAUCAAAGUUGCAAUAUCACUAUUUCAGUCUCCGAACCUUCUUUU